AUGGGGUACUGGAGGAGCCUUCAACCAUCAUCCCUUCUUUAUUUCUACUUCCUCAUCCUGUUCACAUUCUUCCAUUCCCAAUUCCCAAUCUCCACUUGUUUCUCCCUGCUCCUCCCCUUCUCCACUUCAAUUAAUCACUCUUUUUCUUCUCCUCCUCCUUUUGGUGCACGCAUAUUGUGCCCUCAGGAUGAGAGUGCUGCUUUACUCCAAUUUACCCUGUUGUUUUCCAUUUAUCCACGUGCUUCUCUGGAAUGUGAUUAUUUUGGUCCAACUUCAUACCCAAAGAUGAGGUCCUGGAAGGAGGGGAGUGAUUGCUGCAACUGGGAUGGAGUCUCCUGUGAUUCGAUCACCGGUCAUGUCGUUGGCCUCGACCUUAGCUGCAGCCAGCUUUCUCUCAAGGGUACCAUCUUCCCUAGUCGUAAUAGUAGCAGCAACAGCACCUCCUUCUUCUCCCUUCACCAUCUCCGCAAACUCAAUCUCGCUUACAAUCGCUUCAAUGGAUCACACAUCUCACCUGAAUUUGGGCUCCAAAUUACUAGCUUGACCCAUCUUAACCUAUCCGACUCUGUAUUUGCAGGUCCCAUUCCCACCGAACUAUCCCAUCUUUCCAAAUUGAUUUCCUUUGAUCUCUCUUUCUCUGGUGAACUGAGAUAUGAACCUCAAAGCUUCAAAAGGCUCCUUCACAAUCUGACUGAAAUUAGAGAGCUAUUUCUUGACACAGUGAACAUGUCUGGAGUUACCCCUGCUAAUUCCUUCGUGAAUCUAUCUUCUUCUCUCGCAUCUCUCAGUCUCUCUGAUUGUGAAUUGCGAGGAGAACUCCCAAUUAGCCAUAAUAUUCUCAGCCUACCAAACCUAGCAAAGCUCGAUCUUUCCUAUAACCCAUCCCUCACCGGUCAUCUUCCAGAUGUUGUUUACAACACCAGUUCCCUCAUUUGGUUGGAUCUGUCUGAUACUAGAUUUUUCGGAGAAGUGCGCAAUCUCAAGUCCCUGAAGUAUCUAGGUCUCUCCAACUGCAACUUCUCUCGUGCAAUUCUUGCGUCCCUUGGUUCUAGCCUCAACCAACUCACCGAAUUGUAUCUUUCAAAUAACAAUUUGAGUGCUGAAUUCCCACCAUUAAUAUCCAACCUGUCACAACUCCAACUAUUUUUCUUCUCUAGUAAUAACCUAGGGUGUCUUCUUCCUUCUCAACCAAGUAUGUACUUUUCACAUCUCACAUACCUCGACUUACAUAAUAACUCUCUUUGUGGCACAAUACCAUCUUGGGUGCUUGCUAUGUCAUCCUUGCAAUGGUUAGAUCUGAGUCAGAAUCAACUUACUGGUCCCAUUCUUGAGUUUCAAUCUUUUUCAUUUACGUAUAUAUAUUUAUCAAACAACAAGCUUUAUGGUCCCAUCCCAAACUCAAUCCUCAAGCUCCUUAACCUAACUACUCUUGAUCUUUCAUCAAAUAAUUUAGAACUGAGUGAGAAUCAACUUGCCGGUCCUCUUCCUUCUCAACCAAGUGUAUACUUUUCACAUCUCACACACCCCCACUUGUUUAACAACUCUCUCGGUGGCACAAUACCAUCUUGGGUGCUUGCUCUGUCAUCCUUGCAAGUCUUAGAUCUGAGUCAGAAUCAACUUACUAGUCCCAUACCUGAGUUUCAAUCUUUUUCAUUCGAGGAUAUAGAUUUAUCACAAAACAAGCUCUAUGGUCCCAUCCCAAACUCAAUCCUCAAGCUCCUUAAUCUAAAUUUUCUUGAUCUUUCAUCAAAUAAUUUAGGUGGCAUCUUAGAGCUUGGAUUUUUCUCUAUCUUGAAAAACCUCAAGAAUCUUGAUCUUUCAAACAACAAUUUGUUACAAACUCAAACAGAUGACAUCAGCCUUUCCAUCCCUAAUUUGACUAAACUAUAUUUGUCCUCUUGCAACAUAAAUGAAUUUCCAAAUCUGAAAGGCUCAGAGAACCUAGAAGAGUUGGACCUGUCUGCCAACAAAAUCACUAGAGAGAUCCCCAAAUGGACAUUCAACAUGUGGAAUAAUUCCUUGAUAGUUUUUAAUCUUUCUCAUAACUUUUUGACACAUGUGGAUGAACAUCUUCCUUGGAAGAAUCUACGGUAUCUUGAUAUUCAGAACAACAUGAUUCAAGGAUCACUCCCAAUUCCACCAUCCUCCAAGGAAGUUUUUUUAAUCUCAAAUAAUCAACUGACAGGAGAGAUCCCUUCUUUGAUUUGUAAUGCGAGCUCCCUUGUAGUCCUCAAAUUAUUCACCAACAGCUUGGGUGGCAUGAUUCCACCAUGUUUGGGAAACUUUAGUCAUUAUCUUUUAGUUUUAAAUCUUUGUAUGAAUCAAUUUAAUGGUACCAUUCUCGACACUUUUGCAAAUGGCAGCACCUUAAGAACUCUUGGCCUGAAUAGCAAUCAACUAGAAGGAAAAGUGUCGUGA